CCCAGCCACAACGUCUCGUCCGUUCUUGACUUCGCUCGCCACCCACCCAUCCAUCCAUCCAUCCUCUCUCUCAUUCCCCAUCUGCUGCUCAGUCAAUGCAGUCCGGUGGCACGAUAGUGACAUCACCUCUAAGUGCAGCGCCACCAACCAUCCGCUCACACUCUCACUCGCGACGCCUCCGUUGAUCGAUCCACCGCUUCAAUUCCUUCAUCAAGAGAAGCGCUGCUCUCAGACUAGGCCAUCCGAAAUGGAGCGUCUUCCCUCGCUCGGCCAGCCCACAGGCUCGUCGCAGUCGUCGCAGUCUCAGGAGGUCAAGCACAUGCUCGUCCUCCACCUUCCUAUAACAUACUCAAAGCUGGACUCGUACUCUUCCCGUGGGCAAAUCGUAGAUGCUACAAGAAGUUGGUCGCGCCAAUUGUGCUUUCUAGAGGACCACGGGGAGGUCACCCUGGCUCGAGCUAGCGAAGGUACCAUCAUUGACCAUCUUGAUCGUUCCAUCCAAAGUGAGCAAGCACAUUUUGCCAACAAGGUCGUCUCACGCAAGCAUGCCAAGAUCUGCUGGAACAAUGGGGUGCCAUCCAUCGUCGACCUCGGAAGCACGCAUGGCACGCAGUACUCAGAUAUUGGGGCGUACCUCGACCCUUACUCCAACAAUUGGCGAGUUUCGUCGGCGCUUGCCGCUUUUGCGCCACCCGUCGCAUUCUUGAAGCCAGGAAUUCGUCAGAACUUGACCCACGGAGCUCUCAUCACGCUUGGUAAGGACAUGGGCUCUCAAGAACAGUGUCAUCAAGCUGUUCGUGCGCUGGUUGAGAUCAGGAAGGUCUUGAGGCCUGUCGCCCAACAACACUAUCUCCCUCCGCUCUCGGAUGUAAUCGCUUCGGAUUCGACGCAGACUCUUCAUCCAUCGUGCUCUCUCCCCAGUAGCACUAUGCAAGGGUCACUGGAUGCAUGCAAGAAGCCGAUCACCGUUCACCGUGUGCACGACUCGGAUGAAGAAGGCGACCAAGAUGUACCUGAACUCACCAGCGACAGUGACGAGGUGGAGGUCAUCGAGGAGCCGGAAGUCUCUCCAGAAGUGACCCUCGUCGGCAUUCGCACACCAAGUCGCCGGCAUAACGAGCCGAGCGGGACUUGCAAGCUGGCAUCCGGUCCCACUGCCGCACUCAAGACGGAUGAAGACGUCGUGUUUAGCUUUUCGAGCUGGUCUCCUAAAGGGGGAGCACGCAGCCAGCCCACAGAGCGAGUCGUCCCACGUCCGAUCGCAAGUGCCCCCACUCUCCAUGCACGAGCGCUUAUGGCUGGCUGGAGCGAGGCACUCUUGCACCGUGCUUCCUUCAGCAAGUCCAGACCACUGGGGGCAUCAACGCUCAGAUCCGCGUCCUCUGCACUCACAAAUCGCUUUGCCCAGCCCGCCUCACCGUCAUCGGCAGCAUCAGUAGCCGGCAGCGCGGCUAGCUCCGCAAAAUCUGGACAGAGCGCGAAUCCCGACGGUGUCUCAGCAGCAUCUGUCGCAGAGGUCGUGCAGCGUCCUCGUCCACUAAGCUUCUCGCCAUCUAGCAAGGCUCCCCUUGCGGUAGCCGAUUCGAACGAUCUGGACAGCGCCUCCGCCUCCGCUGUCCAGUCUACCAGCACCCGUCCAUCUCAAACCCACGACGCUGGCAUCGCCCUCGCAAACUUGGAAUUUAAUGUCAGCCCUCAAUCAGGGCCAACCGAGGACGGACAGAGUGCAUGGCUUGGAACGCGACGCAUCAGCUCCACGCUUCACCCGCCUUGCUCGGAUCGCUCCUCGGGCGAAGUUCCUCAUGGCAAUCUCGCCCUGGGCCCGUUCUCUGACCCCGACCGUGAAGGUCCUCUCUCUCUUCAUUCUCUCUAUCGACGCGAGACCAGUCCCGUGGAUGAGUGUGACGAUGACAAUUCUAACAGCUCCGAUGAAUCGGACGGCGACACAUCGGAUUCUUCCGGCUCGAAGGAACAAGACAGCCACUCUGAAACCAGUGUUCUUGACGGCGAUGCUCAGCUCAGUGACGAGGAAGACAUAGCUUCCGUGGCCGAAGAUGCUAGCUUGUCUGACGACCUGGAUGACGAGGCCUUCCCCGUCGAGGAGGGCGAGCUCGAUGAAGACGCCUUCUCAGAGGAGCCGGAUGAGGAGGCUUUCCUUGAAGAAUUAGAUGAGGAUGCCUUCCCUGAUGAUCUGGACGAAGAUGACGGAUCUGCGCGCGAGGGUACGUCCGCUGAACGCGAGGAACUGUCAGCGAGCGAGCAAAGCGAGGCUUCCCGAGACAAUGGUCUCGAGCAUGGCAACCGUCCCACCGAUCACGCACGCGGAGCUUCAAGCGAGAACCAUGUGAUGACUGACGUCAAUGACAACUUGCCCGUGACAAGUCCAGCUGUGGUAGAAGCUACGCAGCGAGAGAUCAUCCAAGAUCGCGCCCCUGAAACGACUGCAGUCUUUACUCAAGAAGCGGCUGCAACGACAGUCGAUGACUCCUCUGAUUACAACCCCACCCUUGCCAUUACUCAAGCUCAGAGGUCUCCAGAGUCUAAUCUCUCGCCUCUCACCAGUCAGCCACGGGACGACGACCGGCAGACGUUGCAAAGCAGGUACGAGCCCUCAUUGACUACUCACAUGCAAGAGGCUGCUGAGCAGCUUCGCUGCUUGCAGCGCUCAGAACUGAUACGGGCGGUCGUUGCAAGAAGAGAGGCUCUAGAUCUCAGCCUGCAGCAAGAGAGAAUUCGUUUCGCACGGGAAGAAUCAGAGAUGGCGCUCGCUCGCAGCAUGAACGAGCAGCCUAGCUUCGAGGAGCAGCGGGUUCAGGAUGCUGCGCCAACACAGGCAACCUCACCUGCAGCAGUCGAGACUCCAAGCACCCAACAGACACCUGCAGAACUCGAAUCGCCACUUCGUCAUCUCCGUGCGAUGACAGCUCAGAUGGGAAACCAAGGUCAGGUGCACGCUGCAAUGCUCUUGCGACAGCUUCAAGCGCGACCCACUCCUUCCACACGUGAAGCGGCCGAAACACGCAGGCUGUCUCUUUGUGCGCUGACGCGCAGACUUGCCCGGAUCGACUCCCCUGAGGCGCUCUUGCCGGUGGUCACGACUGUGACAUCGCCGUCGAACAUUUCUCAACAUCCGCCGACAAAAUCCUCGCCUUUUGUGUGCGACGUUGAGCAGCCUCUCGCCGAGACAGCCAAGGUUCAGAACAAUGGCAAACGUAAGCGCAACUCGGUGGAUGCCUCCACGCAGAUCAACGAGGAGCAAGUCAGCGAGCGCAUGAGCUCUCCUUUGCCCGUAAGCCCUCCCCCGAAGCGCGCCCGUCUCGACGUUUUCGGGGGUGUUGUUGUCGGCGCGAUGAUUGGUGCAGUCGGCACCUUCGUAGGACUCGCCUCCUUAGGCCGCUCGAGCAUGUAGGCAUGACGCGCCACGUCGCUCUGAAGGUCGCACACUCAGAAGUGUUAACAACCCUUUCCCAAGAAGUGCAGCGUUUGCGUGACCACUGCCGUGCGGUGGUUUCGCUCAGUCUCAAGCCGAAUCUCUGAUCCGAAAGAAUCCAACAGCCACAGUGUCAACUUCUCUUGAUCGGUCCUAGUAUUCCAACACAAGAUCCACAAUUUCAAGCGCUACUACUGGCUGAGAAAACUACCAUCCACCGAGCCGAUCACAUUUAUCCAUUUGUAAUCCCGCAUUCCUCUCACACGUCCUGCACACCCCUCAUCUGUAAAGACCGCCCCCAUGUUGAACUCAUCGCCCUCGUCCUCGCCCUCGCCCACGACCCCCGCCUUGACUUUGAAUUACGAUGUUUGUGUUUCCGCG